UCUGUGCAUGUAAAAUACGCGUUUGCCACAGCCCAACUUUCAGCCUGCUACUGCUGCUGCUGCUGCCCUGCGAGGACUCAGCUAGCCUAAAAGCCUGGAGGAAGCAUGGACGGCGGGGCAGCAGCAUGUUACUGCUGCAGCUUCUCUCGAUCUAGUCAAACGGCCUGUGAAGCGAUCGAGAGGCACAGCGGAAAUGGGACAUCCAACCUCAAUGCCGGCCAUUUUCGCUUUUAAUCGGCAGCAAGAUGGUGCGAAAGGAAGUUGGCAGAUGGUCAAGGAGUUUUUCGAAAUCUUUCGGUUAAUGGCUUUGGAAGGUGUAUGAUCUUGAAGGUUCGUUGGCAGCUGCUGUGCAAGCCAGUUUCAACGGCUGUGUGCUGCCGUGCAAGCCAGUUUCAACGGCUGUGUGCUGCCGUGCAAGCCAGUUUCAACGGCUGUGUUUGCUCUGUUACUGGCUGCAGUCUGCUGUCUGCAUGGUCUGAUGUGUUCGUUGCGUUUCAAGCGACCACAGCAGACAGGGCGUCGAUUCACACUGGACGGUCUUGUGCGUCUCUGUGUGAGCGCACCCGACUCCUGCGCUGUCUUCCAGAAAGGCCAUGCCUGCUGUUGAGUUGCUCCAAGCGAAAAGAGAAGGCUAGAAUUAGAGAGGCGCUUUCUAACUCGGCGCCAGUGUCUUCCUUCUACCACCAGGACCAAGUACAGCUAACGACAAGGUCUAUUCUCGGCAUCGACACAUUACAACUACUCGUGUCCAAGCUCCGUGUUGCUGAAGUAUUUCUUUAGGACGCCCUUGUUAUCUCUCUCUCGCUGUGUAUGUGUGUCUGAAUAAGUGUUACAUCUAUCAUUGGACGCUCCCACUGUUACUGCAGCUCUCCCGCCUAGUACUAUAGUAGUACUGCGGCAGUCGUAUGCCGAUAGAGUGAAGUGGAAAACAAUAACCUGACGUGACUUGGUUUGCUGGCACGCUAGUGUUGGACGUUGGGAAAUCUACGAGUGGUGGCGUUUGGUGGACAGGACUGUUCGUGAUAAAUGCAGGUGAUCUAUUGCUGCGGACCUCCGUACUACGCCUGUCGACUCUGCAAAUCUGUAAGGUUCUUAGCGUAAAUAAACUCCUGCAGCUAGGGAAAUUGUUGAGAGGUCGCUUCAUGCUUUAUCGUCGAUCACUUGAUAGUCCUUGGCUUCCGCCUGAUAGCGUUGGACGAACGACUUCUACUCGACUCGACUGUUUGCGUGGAUAUAGAAGAGUCAAAUUCUUCUUUCCUGUUUUGACAUAUCGUCAGGUGUCAAGUCGUGUGAACUCUACGACGCUGUAACACGCUGUGUGGCCGAAGUCGAAAACCACACUUUCCAGCAGAAGGCGGACGAAUUCCUCUUCUACUAGUUCUAGCUGUCGUCGCUAAUCAAAUCAGCAAACACCAUCUAUACCACAUCGUCCGUGUGUUGUACCAGCUUGCCCACGCCUCGCAACACAAUCUACAAACUUAGUGCGAGUGGUAACACAGUUCCCACUACUUUGUCAGGACUGUACCGGGCCAGCGUGUCAGUCAGUGAUGUUAUGCUGUGGAUACUGCGGAUCAUUGCGCUCAGUCGACACCUUUCAACUCCUCCAGUCAAGAAUCCAUGUUUUUCAGACUCUGAACGAAAACAUACAUCGGAGAGUGGUCGCUGCGGUUCUAUUUCUGCGUGAUGUGUUCCUUCGUAAAAUGUUUGGAAUGGGAGAGAUGGCUGCAAUGCGUGGUGUUGCAAUUGCUCAUAGUGCAGCUACUGCUGUCAAACGCUAUACAAACAUUUGGACAAGAUAGUGAAGUUGUGGAUAACUUGCCAGAACCGCUGAGAAGUGUUUAUCUUGAACGAAUGGCACCGAAUUGGCAUCCGAAGGAGAGCGUUUGGUCUGACAGGGCGAUGGAAAUUCGGACACAGCCUUUCAGAGGAUGCCAUCAUAGGAGUCUGUUUCAAUUCAGUGUCGGAGGGGUCAAACUGGCCUGGGCAGAAGCCAGGCAUCUGCUAAAAGCUGAACUACGCUUGCUGGAUUCCACUCCAGUACAAGCAGUGAGAGUAGGAGGAGGAGGAGGAGGAGGAGGGGUGCCUCACCUCACUGAAUACCUUGUGACAAUGUCCUGCCGUCACAUAGGAAGAGUGUUUACAGAGCAGGUAACAGCCGCUCCACCCUCACUGGUGCUUGAUAUCACACAGCCAUUCAGGCAGGUCAUGGACCGCAUAGCCAGACACCAGCAACGCCAUCGCACAGAUGACCGACUGAACGGUGCAGGCAACGCACAACGUUGCGACAUCGCUGUCCAUGCCAUUUCGGGAGACACGGCAGUUGCACCUCAACCUCGACUGCUGAAGUGCAAUGCUACACAGUACAACUCUUCAUCAUCUCCACUGCUGCUGGUCUAUUAUGAUGACAUCAUUGAGACAUCAGAAGCUGCCAGUUCACCGUCUUCAGCCGCUCAUUUGGAGGUUGACAGCAUACCCGAUGUACAUAGUCGUGAAAAAAGAACAGCGGCCGCUACCAAUGUGGAUUGGGCCAGUAAAUUGCAGGAGCCUUGCCAGCUUGUUCGCUACAUCACACCCACUCAGCAGUUGAUGACGGACAUGAAAGUGCUGAGUCCGCCGGCAUUGGAGUUGAACGCAUGCGUCGGCCGAUGCCAUUACAUCACGAAUGACAUCAGCCAAACGACACACUCGCACAUUCAGGGUGUACUCCACUACUAUGGGCUAAACGAGAAUGCCCCUUCGGAACAACUGAUCCUGGACGCAUGUUGUGUGCCCAUUCAGCUAAGCAGUGUGUCCAUCGUAUCAACGAAUGCCAACCAUGCAUUCAUCCUGAGAACGUACCCGCAAACGCUAACAGAGCGCUGCGGUUGUAGAUAAUACUAACAGAGCGCUGCGGUUGUAGAUAAUACUAACAUUGCUUGAGUGAUGGCCUUGAUCUUGAUACUGAUGGUGUACAUCGACACACGGGCAUAUCUUUCCUCUCUUCUCUGUACUCUCUCUCUCUCUCUCUCUCUCUCUCUCUCUCUCUCUCUCUCUCUCUCUCUCUCUAUCUAUCUAUCUAUCUAUCUAUCUAUCUAUCUCUAUCUAUCUAUCUAUCUAUCUAUCUAUCUAUCUCUCUGUCUAUCUCUCUGUCUCUGUCCCUUGAAACAGCUAUCCAAGUACUAGCAAAGCAUACACUGAAUUGCAGGCAGGUUCUUAUUGAAGCAAGUUAGCCAUCAAUCUAUAACAAUUCCAAAGAAGGCCUUGAUGAUGUCGUUGAGCUCCAGCCAUACGUGAUUUGACUUUGCAUUGUGUUGAUCCUACCCAGAUUUCCACUCGCCAUAUAACAUAUUGAUUUCAUACAGUUGAAGAAUAUUGUCUAUGAAAUAUUGACUUCUUGCUGGCUCUAUAUCAACUUCAAGAGACGUGUUGCUAUAUACAGACUGAACAAUUCCCAGCAACGCUAAUCCUA